CAACGAGAAAAAUACGACAUCUCCUUCGACGCAUUUUUAGAGAAAUGGAAAGAGCCGAACGGACGCAUGGUCAAAAAUAUAACCAAAUUCAUACGAGAAACAAAAAUCUCACUUUGAAUAGAACCAAGCAAGACAUGAAACAUGCAGCAUAAACGAAAAGCAUAACACCACUCAUCUGACAAACAGACCAAGCAGAAAAACAACAGACUCCGCAACCGGGUAGAUGACUCUUGAGCAGUCCUAGGACUCAGUCGAAAGCCCAAACGAAACAGUUAACCUUUGAAUAUGUGGGGGGAACAAUAGUUGCUCAUACGCAUAGAAGGCUAUACCCUGUUUCAACAAAAUAGAAGAAGAAGAAGAAGAACCUUCAACCAUGAGCCGGAUUGCAGUGAGUUAUAUGCACGGCCGAGGAUUAAUAUUCGAUGCCGAAGACUAUUUAAAACUUCGAUAUGAGCAUCGGAUUGUCGGGAAUCUGAUCGGUGUUCCCGUGUCGCAUCCACGGAAUGUAAACCAACAAGGAAUGCCCGUUGCCCUAUCGACCUGCGAACUAAAACUUCUUCUAGACAGCCAGUUAAUACGUUUGGUGGAUACUAAUGGCGCAUUACAAAGGGCACCAUCUGACGAGGAGGUUGACACGUACGUCCGGAUGGUUGAGCGACAGAAGGAAGAAUUGCACAUGCCAGUAGUCGAGAAAAGGCUGGAAGCAUUUCGUAAACAUUUGCCAAAAAUUAUUGAUGGAAAGCGGAAAAAGCUCCUCAAAACGGGAGUAAAAGCAGAAGACAUCCACCUCGACGCUGAACAACUGGUCGACGAAGAGAGGACAAGGAUAAUGCACGAAAAGUUCGAUGCAAUGGUACAGAUACCGUUGAAAUAUCCGCUUCCAUUUGGUUUUUCAGAGUGUUCACUGGAGUUGAGUUCAGACGAAACCGUUAAAUAUCGUGUGUUUAAAUCGCUAUGGCACCAGGGAGGCUUUAUAACUACCGGCGAUGCAUUUGGAUGUGAUUUUCUUCUAUAUCCCGGCGAUCCAAUGUAUUUCCACGCAUCGCAUAUGGUGCACGUAAUGCAGAACGGUAUCCGGCAAACAUUUGAUGUCAAGUAUUUAAUUCGUGUAUGCCGACUUUCGGUGGUGGUGAAUAAGCUGUGCGUCCUCGCUUAUAUUGAUGAAGGUACCGACGAGGUUCAAUUCGAAACCCUAGAAUGGGAAGGUAAUGCGGCCAAUAAAGGAGACACCUUUUGAUUGAA